ACAUCCUCCCUUACAUUCACAUUCACAAGAACAGAAUAUCAAAAUAGUGACUAUCAAUUAACUAUCUACCUCCUACUUGAAGCCAAUCACCCAUAUCAUACAUUCAGUAUGGAUCCCAAGUCUACACGCUCCGAGUCCGUCUCUUCCUCCUCUUCUGCCGGAUUGCCCGUCUCUCCUACCACGAGUGGACGCCGUGGGUCAGGUCCCCUCUUCGCCUCUCUCCACGACAAUAAGCGGCCCAACGACCCCAAAAUUCAGGCACGCCGACAGAGUUUGAGUGAACAAAGGCCAGCGCCUGGUUUUAUCGGCAAGAUGUGGAACAAUUGGGUUCAUGGACCUUCCUCUUAGGAUGAAGUGCUGGGCGCUGCAAAAUCGUGAUACGAAAAUGACACAUGAGGGUGACGCAUCAUUAUGGGUCGCAGCAGUUGCUUGGAGUACAGGAGCAAAUCAACUAUUUGGAACGAUUGUAGGAUACUAUUCGGAUACUUGGUGUACGAUCGGGCGCAGGCAGUUUGCAAAUCACCUUUUUCCAAUUUGAAGAUUGAUAAGUCACGAUUUGAC